CGUAAUAUCCAUGAACUAGAUAUAGCACUUCAGUCACUUUGGCAUUCUCACUGGACUUACAGAACUGACUUAUCCGCUACAUUUUUUCCCCAGGCAACGGCUACCGAUCGAGCCUCAUGCGUCGACUUCAGUUUACAUCGCUCUGAAACGGGACUGAUCCUAUAUUCGUCAAAUCUCAUCUGUGUUUUGUGUCUUAAAACAGAGGAUCGCCAAACUGGUCCAGCAACUUUACUGCAUCAAAUGCCCCAGAAAAUGUCGCUGACCAACACAAAGACAGGCUUUUCAGUGAAAGACAUUUUGGACCUCCCUGACACGAACGAUGAAGAAGGAUCUAUCACCGGGACUGAGGAAGAUACGGAGGGAUCUGAGGCGACCAAAACGCCUGGAGUGUUAGUGCAAAGUCCUUUAGAGAACGUUCAAAACCUGCCUUUAAAGAAUCCAUUCUAUGAUAAUAGCGACAAUCCUUACACCAGAUGGCUCGCAACUACGGACAGCAUCCAAUACUCGUUACACGGACUAUCCGCAAACUCUCAAGACUCGUCUGCAAAAUCUCCGGAACCUUCAGCAGACGAAUCGCCGGACAAUGACAAAGAAACUUCAAGCAACGGCAGCGACUCUGGUAAGAAGCGCAAAAGGAGGGUGCUCUUUUCCAAGGCGCAAACUUACGAACUCGAGCGUCGCUUUCGGCAACAGAGAUACCUGUCAGCGCCGGAGAGGGAGCAUCUCGCUAGUUUGAUCCGACUGACCCCAACCCAAGUGAAAAUCUGGUUCCAGAACCACAGGUACAAAAUGAAGAGAGCCCGGGCGGAGAAAGGUAUGGAAGUGACCCAUCUCCCUUCUCCUAGGCGGGUGGCCGUGCCUGUGUUAGUCAGAGAUGGUAAACCAUGCCAUACGCUAAAAGCUCAGGACUUGGCAGCCACUUUUCAGGCUGGAAUUCCAUUCUCUGCGUAUAGCGCCCAGUCUCUCCAGCACAUGCAAUAUAACGCGCAUUACAGCGCCGCCAGCACACCACAGUUCCCCGCAGCACACCACUUGGUACAAACGCAACAGUGGACUUGGUGAACAAUUACUGACUUGGAAAUGCAGGGCUGCAUUUUAAAGACCGAUAGAUAGAAAGAUAGGAGCUUUCCAAACAAAAAUACAAGACUUAUUAUUUUUGCAGCUUGACCCAUUCUUACCAAUUUAUUUUGGGGAUUGACGUGUGCGUCAUGUUUACAUGUUUUCGUUCAGAAAACCGGGUCAAGCCUCUCCCCAGAUUUAAGAAUGUUAAAGCUCUUGUGAAAUUUUGUAAAGUAUGUGUGUUGUAGAAAUGUUUUCCUUUUUGUCCUUCGUGUUAUAAGCACGUGCAAAACUACUUCAUGAUUAUAGAAAAUUUGAUUUCUUUCUUUUACAAUGGACCGAAUAUAUUUAUGGCCAUAAAUAAACAUUGGCAACCUUUAGCUUAUUUCGUUGGUUUGUUCUAUGUAAAUAUUUUGUGAUAACUGUUUGCAAUAUUAUGUUUGGCCGUUGGCAGUAAG